ACCUGAACACCACGCUCUCUACUAUAAACAUGUCGGAUUUUGUAGACUUCUGCUGGGAUGUUUUGGAAGAUUCUCGCUUACCGUUGGUUGUCUGUACCACGUUGGUCGGUGUCCUGACCGUCUAUGUAGAACGUAAGUUCUACACAAGGCAACAGUACAAGCGGAAAGUCCAGGGGAAGAACGAAGAAAGGCAAAAGGCUCUUCAAGACGUGCUGAAGUCCUUAGAUACUGACGAUAAGGGAUUGGCGGACAAAAGGAAGCAGAUCUUGACACUGACCUUGCCCCGACUGACACAGCAGCUGCAAGAUGGACAGCUGUCAGCUGUACAGGUGCUACAGGCAUUUCAGGAGAAGGCCCUGGCAGUCCACGACGGCAUCAAUUGCAUCACUGAACCGGUCCCGAACGCACUCGCGAGAGCCCAGGAAUUAGACAGCACCGAUCAAAAGUCCGGUCUACUGUAUGGAGUCCCCGUGUCAAUCAAAGACAACAUCAACAUCAAGGGAAUGGCGAACACUCUGGGUCUGGUGAAAUAUCUGGAAAACUACGCCGAGGAAGACUCUGUUAUCGUCCGUGUACUGAAGAAACAAGGGGCGGUGCCUUUUGUGAAGACUAACAUUCCGCAGACAAUGUUUGAUAUUGCCUGCAGCAACCCCUUGUUUGGGACGACGUUGAACCCACGUGACCCCACCCGUAGUCCUGGCGGGUCGUCAGGAGGAGAGGCGGCGCUGAUUGGUGGAGGAGGAUCCAUCCUCGGCAUCGGGAACGACAUCGCCGGAAGUAUCCGCAUUCCCGCGCACUUCUGCGGAAUCUGCGGCUUCAAACCUACCGCUAAUAGACUGAGCAAACAGGGAUACUUCACCUGUGCUCCGGGUCUACAGGGUGUGGUCAGUACGUGUGGCCCGAUGGCCCGAGACGUGGACAGUUUGGUGCUGGUGAUGAGGGCACUACUGGUACCGGACAUGUUCCAACUGGACCCUCUGGUACCGCCUAUACCAUUCAGACACGAGAUUUACGAGUCGAAGAAGCCACUGAAGGUUGGCUACUUUUUAGACUGGGAGCUGAAAAUGGCGACUCCAGCUCUUACAAGGGCAAUGAAGGUCACUAAAGAGGCACUGGAGAAAGCUGGACACAAACUUGUACAAUUCCAGCCUCCAAAAAGUGACCACGCAUUCUAUGACAUCGUUGUAAAAUGCAUGCUGGCUGAUGGUGGGAAGACUAUCAGUAACCGUAUUUCUGGUGAAAUCGCGAACCCACGUCUAAAAUCCCAGUUGCCUUAUCUAACUAUGUCGUACUUCUGGCGAAAGGUCGUUGGAUUCUUACUGAAACCAAUCUCACCUAGGAUAGCAAGGGGGAUGUCCAACCGUGUACUACGGACCAUAUAUGACCUCUGGCAAAGGCUGGUUGAACGAGAGGAAUACAUUAGGGAGUUCUUAGCAGCUUGGGAAGAAGCCGGCAUCGAUGUCCUACUGUGCCCUGCAUACCCCAUACCUGCCUUUAAAUAUAAGGGAGCACCUGCGCUAUCGGAAACUGUACUCUACACAAAUAUCUUCAACCUCCUGAACUUUCCGGCGGGCGUGGUCCCCGUUACCAAGGUAACGGAGGAAGACGACAGACUGCUGGAUGACUACACCGGAUUUGACAACGACAUUUUUGACAGAUUUGUUCGGAAGGCUACCAAAGGUGCAGUUGGCAUGCCGGUCGCUGUGCAGUGUGUGGCGCUGCCGUGGCAGGAGGAGGAAUGCCAUAGGCUCAUGAAGGAAGUGGAGACUGUCUGUAAAGAGUAACCUUGGUCAAUAUCAUAUCUAACUGAGAUCGACAUUUAGGAAAACACAAGUACUGUAUCGUCAGCAUUUUCUUAUUCUUACUUUAUUAUGAUACGUAACCGUAACCGCUUCAUAGAAUAGAAUUACGAUACAUAUUGUAUACCACAGAAAAUCUGCCCGAUACAUAAACUAUAUAUUCUGACUACUACAAUUAUAGAUUAUGCAGCAUGGAAGGGGCUAAAUAUUGCCAUGGCAACGGGUUUAUACACUGUGUUCCAUCCGGUCUACGUUGUCAUGCCAACGACUUCCUUUCCCUG